AUGGACCCGAACCGGAGCGUCGAGCCGCGGAGGUCAUCGUUGCUGCUGCUGCGGCUGCUGUUGGUGGUGCUGCUGUGGUCGGGGCUGGCUCUGGGCACCUUCUCCGUGGGCAGCAGCCCCCACAGGGUCCUCCACGACCUCCUGUCGGAGGAGCAGUUGCUGGAGGUGGAAGACUUGUCCCUGGCUCUGCUGCAGGGCGGAAGGAUGGGGCCACUGUCACUACCCCCAGAUUUGCCGGAUCUGGACCCAGAGUGCCGGGAGCUGCUGCUUGACUUCGCCAACAGCAGUGCAGAGCUGACCGGGUGUCUAGUGCGCGGCGCCCGGCCGGUGCGCCUCUGUCAGACCUGCUACCCACUCUUCCAACAGGUCGCCAACAAGAUGGACAACAUCAGCCGAGCCGUGGGGAAUUCUUCAGAGAGUCAUAGUUGUGCCAGAAGCCUUUUAAUGGCAGAUAGAAUGCAAAUAGUUGUGAUUCUGUCUGAGUUUUUUAAUUCUACAUGGCAGAAGGCAAAUUGUGCAAAUUGUUUAACGAACAAAAGUGAAGAAUUAUCAAAUAGCACAGUAUACUUCCUCAACCAAUUUAAUCACACCUUGACCUGCUUUGAGAAUAACCUUCAGGGGAGCACACACAGUCUUCAGUUAAGAAAUUACUCGGAAGUAUGCAAAAACUGUCAUGAAGCAUAUAAAACUCUGAGUAGUCUGUACAGUGAAAUGCAAAAAAUAAAUGAACGUGAAAGUAAGGCUGAAUUUGGAACACAUUUAUGCAUUGACGUGGAGGAUGCAAUGAAUAUUACUCGCAAACUUUGGAGUCGAACUUUCAACUGUUCAGUCCCUUGCAGUGACACAGUGCCUGUAAUCGCUGUUUCUGUGUUCAUUCUCUUUCUACCUAUUGUCUUCUACCUUAGUAGUUUUCUUCACUCAGAGCAAAAGAAACGCAAACUCAUCCUACCGAAACGUCUCAAGUCCAGUACAAGCUUUGCAAACAUUCAAGAAAAUUCCAAUUGA